AUAACGCUCCGCGACUCAGUGUUUGAGAAGCUAAAUGCUGCUUGUCGUUGCAGGCGGCCACUUGUCUUCCACACCGCCGUCGCCGGUGUCUUCAAGCUUUGUCCCGCCCUUUACGUCUCCGCCGCCGCCGCCCCUCCCGCCCCCGCCAGCCUGCAGCAGCGCCGCCUCCAGCGUGGUCAUGGGCGCCGGCGGCGGCGGUGGAGGCGCCCUCACGACCACUGGGGCGAGUGGCGGCGGCCGAGAGGUGGUGGUGGCGAGCGUGGGCGGCUCUUCGGGCGGCGCUGGCGGGCGAGGGGCGAGCGGCGUGAGUGGUGCGUCGUGGGUGGGGGCGCAGUGCCCGAUCUGCUUCAAGGUGCUGCGGGACAAGUACAAGCUGAGGACGCACCUGGCGGACAUCCACUCCGCCGUGCAGCACGUGUUCACCUGCCCCGUGUGCAACCGCGUGUACAAGACCAAGAACACGCUCACCAACCACAUCAGCCUCUCCCACCGAGGCUACAAGAAGCGACGCCAGCACCACUACCACCAGCCCCACAUGCAGCCCCCGCCGCCGCCGCCGCCACCGUCGCAGCUGGGACAGCAGCAGCAGGAGCAGCAGUCCCACCAGCAGAUACAGCAGCAGCAACUGGCGCUCAUUGAUCAGCAGGGAUCACACCAGCCGCACUGAUGAUCAGUCACGUGACCCUCGUCCGCCGUGCCAGUCGUCCACAGAGUACAUGCACACACGAUGUCAGCGUGCUUUCGUAACCCACCCCUCUGCCUUCGACGAUUACAGCAUAGACCACGUUACAGCCUCCGCCGCAACAAAAGACCUACUUGUACAUACUCCGGGACGCAGAUAUUAUUCAGAGUAGCAUUUAUGUUUCCUAGCAGUGGCUGUUGAGCAAGGUCAGACCAAGAACGAGUAGGAAAUAGCAUCAAUUCGAUGUGUUCAUGUUCUAUUCACUUCAGCUAAAAGAUAAAAGGAGUGUAAAAGUGACAUUUGAAUGGUUCGGUCUCAUCAUAUACAUAAUAUACCUUUUGUAGGGAGACUUAAACAAAACCUUACAAUAUACACGUUGUUGAUUAUGCAAUAAAUUAAACCUCAUUUCUAUAUAAAUUUAAAAGAAAAGAAACGUCCUAUUUUAUAUACAGGCGAGCUAUAUGUGCCAAGUAAAGGAGAAGAAAUUUCUCUUUCUUUUUGAAGGUGGCUUGAGGUCCUCCAAGGAGAGGCUGAGGCCCGGACUCGUGACUGAGGAAAGAGGUGAAGGGAAGGGAAGGUGCGGGGGGCGGGAGGGGCCUUCCUCCCCCUCCCUCCCCUCUGACCGACUCCCUCGCCCUCCAUUACCAACCUUUCAUGAACCGGACGUACUCAUCAAGUCAGUAUCAAAAUAUAUAUAUAUAAAACCGUACUUUCCCAGUGUAUAUUUUAAGUCGUGUAUAGAAUAGAGAGUAUAUAUAUGCGUAUAUACACAACACAUAGAAGUUCCUAGACGUAAAUUUAAUGCAGAAACAACCACGUUCUGGGGACACUUCCAGGGAACGUGUCCCGCUGGUUGUUCGAUAGAUCUCUUCCCCGCCUUCCCCUAGGCGCGAUAUAUCAGUUGUAUACGAUUUUUUACUUAGUCACAAUAAUUAAAAAUUAAAAAAACUACCGUAGGAUUAGUCUAUAGUGAUGAAUCUAAAGGGUUUAUAUAUAUUUUACCGUUUAGCUAUUUUUAGUAGUUUUUUUUUUUUUUUUUUUUUGUAUAAUUACGCGUUCGAAACCAUGUUCUUUAGGAUGUUUUGGAACCUUUUUAGUCUUACAUUAGUUUAGUGUGACCUGAAACAAGGCUAUGCUACCUGUAUAUCCGGGUCACCAUACGACCUGGUAUGUUUGCAUGUUAGAUAGUUAUGACUUUGGUUUUUAGGUACGCUAUUAUUGUUGUUGAUAUUAAUAUUGUUAGAACUAUAAUGGAAUUAUUUUUUUUAUUGAUUACUAUUAUUAUGAUUACUUUUAUCAGUAUCAUUAU